AUGCUUCCGAUGCUUGCUGAGCCUGGAUCACCCUCCCGGCGGGACGCGCGAGAAGUACCCUCUGGAGUCGUCGAGGCGGCAAGCCUAGAUUCUGAUCAAGUCACAAAAGCGCUCGCCAGCACAGAUGCAGAAGGGGAGGAUCACGCACAAGAACGUAUACUACUACCCUUGCAGAACGCAGCGCUCCAUGUCAGCCGUGCCCUCUUCCUGGAGAAGCCCAUAACACCUACUCCAUCGAUUCCAGCAGAGCCGAGGGCAAACAGAACCCCGCACAUCUCUGCGUCAACGUCCCAGCCAUCCGUUCUCAGUGCACCCUUUCGUCUGGAUGUGCUAGAUAAUCUCCUGCUGGCUACGAAGCAGCGUGAUGUGGCCAGCGGUAGCAAUAAUGAGCAAUUUGCGCAGACGGCCGCGUGUUCAUUAGCCUCACUUGGCCGCAAGAGUGAAGCGUCGUCGUGCUCACGCGAUGCAGGCUACACGGACCUCGCAACCUCUCCACGCCAAGCCAACGAAGCGCAUCACCUAGCAGCGUUGGGCUCCAUACUGGAUCGCACAUCCAGCUUGAAUCAAGGUGAGUGGUCGAUAAUCUCGCCAGCGGCCUGAGGAGCGGUCGCUUGAGCCCAGAAAGUGCAAAGCAAGCAAGCUCUUGCAAGAGCGCGCAACGGCUGGCCGACACGCCGGGUGCUACGAUGGGUAGAAGAAACCGGAUGCGGGGCGAAAAGAGUUGCUGCUAUGCUCUCAAAACUUGACAGCGGCGAAGAGCAUCAUACACGGGUGGCAAGCGAAGGAGUUGCAGCGAGUCACGCCUCAGCGUAGGAGUCGCAGAUGGAGUGCGUCCGCGGUCAGCUUCAUUCAGAAAGCUGUGCGCUAUGUAUCGUAUAGAUUGAUGGACCGAGGCGCAUUCAUUAAAGCGUCUCGCGAAGCUCAAUGUCGCAGGUACAAUUUGGCACUGAGAUGCCUUGAGUACAUGCAGGGCUCUCGUUCCGUGAUUGCCAGCUGAAGGAGACAUACACCGGCGAAGGCCCAAAGCUCUUGCCUGUCGUAUUUUCGCAGCCUCGAGGGGCACCAACGCGCCACUUCACGCGUGCUAGCUGAAGGGCACCUCACCUUCCCGCUGAGCUUUUACAACUCUGGCCCACUUCUCACGACAAACACCACCCUGGAUUUUUGAAUCGUUGAGGGACGAGGACUGCUUCAUCUAAUCGAGUUGUUGCUGCCAUCUAACGUCCGCUCUUCCCCCUUCCUGACUUCCUGUCCAAACAAGCGACCUGGUCGACGUCUCACGUCCUCGAAUCUACACCAACCCUUUCCACAACUCAGAGCUUCCUCUGGACCUCAAAACCUCUGCCCCUUGGACCAGCUAUAUUAGACGGAGCUCGGAGCACAGUCGAUCAUCAGGCUGCUCCUUCGGUUGCCAAACCUCUUGCUGCUUUGGGCAGCCCACCUUGCGCUGGACAUAUUCAUCACAGUGUUUCGCAGACAGACCACCAGCUUUCCGAGCUGCAACAGUACAGGAGCGUCCCACCUUGCACAUCUUCCGGUCCGAGUGUCCCGCAAAUUGGAAAUCGUGAACAAAGCGCAACACGCAGCCUCCGGACCGACUCUUGCACAACGUUGCAAAGUAUGCUUCCACCAAAGGUGCGCACAGCGUUUGUGGUAGAUGCACAUGCUCGUCAUUGACACGUUACUUGGCCAACACACAGCCUGUCACCGCUGUCGAAGCGCUCGCUCGACUGCCUGAGCAUCCAUGUCGCAACGCGAGUGGUGACGGCUAUCCUGGUCCGCAUUCUGGUCCUGCUUCAUUGGGCACCUCAAUGACGAACCAGGGCGUUCGCCAGGCUCGCAUCGAAAUCAAACCACCUAUCGCGGACCAUCGAGCACAGCCAAAUGGUAAUGAUGAGCACCAGACUUCGCAUUCGAGCGAAGAUGAGACCCAUGAGCUGCACUCGAUCGAGAAGCGCAAAUGCCAGCAGCCUGCUCCGACUUCCGAAGACGAUUCGGGGGCUGAAUCAGGCAAGGCUGCUCCUUCGAUCCGAAUCAGCUCGGUAGCCCCUCGUUCCUUCUUUCCUGUUGCUGAUGAGGCUGCCGGUGUGACGGCAGAUGAUGCAACAAAUCCUGAUGGCCCGUCUGAGACGCAGAUCAAUUCCAGGACUCAUCUUCCGGCAACGCAACCACCGCUGCCAGCAUUCGACAUGCGCGCACUUCCGUUCUCAAGCUCUGAUCAUGCGCCGUCCUAUGCCGGCUCGCUAUCCCAUCAGCCGGGAUUCAGGAGUCUUCAAGCACCACGUGAGUCCAAAGCGCACUGUGCGUUGAUCAUCGUAUUGCUGAUAUUGGAAAGUUGCUGCCAACAGAAUGGCUUUGUGGAUCGAUGCAGUGCUGUAAGUGUAACUUGCGUCAUGUCGCCAUAUCGUAAGAACCGAUGUUGGCGCUGACUUCGCUCUCGGGGAAACUGUACAGCUGUUCGUAAUGAUAAUGUGAGUGAACUACAGAUGCAGGAAAGUACGCUUCGAACCAGCAUCAUGUUGACGCUUUGACCUUCUCCGUCCCAGCGCAAUCACCAUUGCUUCGGCUGCGGCGCACCGAAGCCUAUAGUACCCUCACAAGUAGCGCCUUCACGCGGCAGUAUUCAUACUAUUCCACCAAUGUCGCUUGGGGUCCCUCCAAUGCAGACGUACCAUGCUUCCUCAAAUCUCUCGGGCCAGCUUCAGGCCCGACCUGCAGUCUCCCUGCCAACGCGCAGUUUCAGCGAUAACUACGGAAUGCCGACGCAGUCGAACGUUCAAGCAGGUCACGCUCCAAGCCCAUGGACGACACCUUUGGUCAACAUGCCUGGUCAGAUGCCUCCGGGUCACCACGCCUUCAACGCUUCAACUUCGGUUGCUCCCGCUCUGAAUCGUCAGCUGCCUCCCGUAGCUGGUGGUGGGUUACGUCUGGGAGAGCUAUUGCCAAGCAAUCCUUACGCUGGUUCAGCUGGCCCACCUCUCACGCGCUCGCAUCCCUCCGAUGAUGGUCCUUCUCACCUGGCUUGGGCUCAAAGCAAUCCGUCUACGUCUUUCGCAACUGCAGCUCGCCUUGCAAGCAUGGGCGUCAGAGUGAGUGUUGGCACCUGGAUUCUUUGGUAGAUGCCCAUCUUUACACCGAGCCGUACUCCUUCUCAGGUCGGCCCAGGUGUAAAUCCUCAUGUGCGACAAGAUGAUCAGGGUCAGAACGGUACUUCAUCGCAGCCACCCAUCGUCAAUACCGGCAACUUGGGACCCAUGUGAGUGAUGCGAUCCCAAUUCCACUGUCAAGUUGCGCACUCACAUCAAGCAUUUGAGCCUAUAGGUGCGUGCAACCCGGAGAUUGGGUCUGCUCGACAUGCGCUUUCGUGGUGAGUCUACGUUGAAGAUGAAGCUAGAGCCGCAUCGAAGUUCACUCGCUCACAUCUGAUUGACGUGUGCACACCAGAAUUGGCGUCGUCGCCGUGUCUGCAUGCGCUGCUUUCCCUUUGCAGCCGGAAACGAGGUCUCCGCUUCUCUCGCCAACGGUGCUAUCAUCGCGGCGCAGCUGGCUGCUGGCAUUGAGCCAAGUCCAGACACAAUCGCUUCGCUCGCUGCGAAUUGCCGUCCACAAACGCAACCAAAGACUUCAAAUUCACGCCCCGAGUCUCUUGUCAGCGGAGCCCUCGCCUUGCCAAGCACUCUGGCAAGCACGCCAGUCUCCAGCAAUCCGAAGCUGGCUCCCUUCGCCGCGCUGGACGCUUCAUUGCCGCAAGCUCCACGCACAGCGGCAUCGCCACAAUCGUUGACCGAUGCCAUGCAAGGUCUGAAAAUCACUCCCAGCCCGGCUAGUGGGACCAUUUCGAUGCCUAAUACUGCAACAGCUCCAUCGUUCGGAUUUUCUCUCAGCCCAAAUCCGCCCCUAACGCCAUCGGUGAUUACAUCCUCUGGCAGUCCGGCAGAUCGCUCGAAUACUUGGAGCCCGCUGCCAGCUCGCCAAGGCUCGAGUCAGUCCAUCAGUAUCAAUGACGUCGGGCUUGAUGCAGCGAGCAGCGAAAUGGAUCCGCCGGAUAGCUGCCCUUACGUACCGGAUCCCAAAUGGCGCUGCCGCAACAUCGAUCCAAUCGGCACUCGUCCUGGAGGCUCCUACAAGCCUCGAGAGGCUGCUUACGACGCUGGCGGUCAUACGAGCGUCGAUGCAGAGGAAGCUUCGCCGAACGACAGCUUUGCUUCCUCUCGCACCCGAGCUUCUGUCCGACCCUUCGACUAUGAAAGCGGCAUCGAUGCACUGUCUUUUUCUCCGGCACCAGCUCCUCCGCAAAAUGGCGACAAGCUGCGCGCAGCCGUGGGUGCCAAGUGA